GAGAGACUCUGGUGUUCACCAUUGAGUCCGCGCGCCGAGAGUGGCAACUUUAAAGUGAGCCGCUCCUUCUCUGACUGUCCGUUUCAGCAGCAAAGCUUUCGAUACUUUGGCCGUUUCUUUAAAAAUAACACUGCGGAUAUUCAUCCCUUUAAAGACUCGCAGUUUUUUUUAGCUUGUGAAAAACAGCCAAAUUUGCGAAAAACAAAGUUAGGCGUUCAGCCUGAAAAACAUAAGCUCUCGCCAGCCGGCGGCUACUUGUUUUCGCUUAUUAUGAAUACAUGCUUUGAUAAAACAGCAAAGAGGUGAACCGAGGAACUACUUUUUGCUUUUCUGUUUGUUUCUCCUAAUACUUAAGGAAAGUUUUUUUUUUCAGUAUCUUAAGAUCCGCGCAUCCCUUUUCCUGCUGUUUGAAGAUGCGGUGAUGUAACUAGCGGAAUGGAUUAAAAACGCGCAUCCUAGGAUUUAGUAGAAGUGUGAGAGUUUCUCUAGUUGCUGGCUGUGUUUUUAAGUAAAAGAGGCAGUCGAGUUAAAGAUGGACGAAGAAGGGCAGCUGGAAAACGGGGUUCAGACCACCAAAGAUUGCGAUCGGCAGCUCCGUUUGAGACUUUGUGUUUUAAAUGAGAUCCUGAACACGGAGAGGGAUUACGUGGGAACACUGCUCUUCAUCCAGUCGGCAUUUCUGCAAAGGAUCCGGCAGACCCAAGACGAGCAGCAAUGCCUCUCUCCGGAGAACGUCAGGAUCCUCUUCUCCAACAUCGAGGCCAUCCUGGAGGUCCACAAAGAGGUGCUGGCAGCCUUGGAGUCCAGCCUGCAGCCGGAGCCCCAUCCACAGCACACCCUGGGGCAUGUCUUCCUGAAGUUUAAAGGCCACUUCUCCGUGUACGGCGAGUACUGCAGUAACCAUGAAAAGGCCCUGAGACUGCUGAUGGAGCUGAACAAGAACACGCAGGUCCGGACCUUCCUGCUGCAUUGCAUGCUGCUGGGAGGGAAGAAGACCACAGACAUCCCCCUGGAGGGCUACCUGCUGACACCCAUCCAGAGGAUUUGUAAAUACCCUCUUUUGCUGAAGGAGCUGCUGAAGAGGACCCCUAAGAAGCACUCUGAUUACCCAGCUGUGGAGGAGGCCCUGCAGGCCAUGAAGACUGUCUGCUCCAACAUCAACGAGACGAAGAGACAAAUGGAGAAGCUGGAAGCCUUGGAGCAGCUACAGUCGCACAUCGAGGGCUGGGAGGGAACCAAUCUGACCGACAUCUGUACAGAGUUGCUUCUCCAUGGAAAUCUGCUGAAGAUUUCUGCAGGCAACAUUCAGGAGCGAGUCUUCUUCCUUUUCGACAACCUCUUGGUGUACUGCAAACGUAAAUCCAGGGUUUCAGGGAAGAAGUCCACCAAAAGGACCAAGUCCAUUAACGGCCCUCUCUACGUGUUCAGAGGCAGAAUAAACACUGAGGUGAUGGAGGUCGAGAACGUGGAAGAUGGAACAGCUGACUAUCAUAGCAAUAAUUAUACAGUGACAAAUGGCUGGAAGAUCCACAACACGGCCAAGAACAAGUGGUUCGUCUGCAUGGCAAAGAACGCAGAGGACAAGCAGAAGUGGCUGGACGCCAUCUUGAAGGAGCGCGAGCAGAGGGAGAGCCUGAAGCUGGGGAUGGAGCGGGACGCCUACAUGAUGAUCGCCGAGAAGGGGGAGAAGCUCUACCACAUGAUCAUGAGCAGGAGCCGUCACCUGAUCAAGGACCGCCGGCGCAAGUUAUCCGUCGUGCCCAAGUGCUUCUUUGGAAAUGAGUUUGUGACCUGGCUGCUGGAGAACGGCGAGAUCAGCAAAGCAGAGGAGGGCGUGAACUUGGGCCAGGCCUUGCUGGAGAAUGGCCUCAUCCAUCACGUGUCUGAUAAGCAUCAGUUCAAGAACGAGCAGGUCCUGUAUCGUUUCCGCUAUGAUGAUGGAACGUACAAGGCCAGGAGCGAGAUGGAGGACAUUAUGUCAAAGGGUGUCAGGCUCUACUGCCGGCUCCACAGCCUUUUUGUACCCGUCGUCAAGGACAGAGAUUAUCACCUGAAAACGUUCAAAUCGGUGAUUCCAGCGAGCAAGCUUGUGGACUGGCUGCUGUCACAGGGUGACUGCUCUUCACGUGAGGACGCCGUGAUGCUGGGGGUCGGACUCUGCAACAGUGGGUUCAUGCACCAUGUGCUGGAGAAGAGCGAGUUCAAGGACGAGUCGCAGUUCUUCCGCUUCUACGCCGACGAGGAGAUGGAGGGCACAGGCUCUAAGAACAAGCAGCAGCGCAAUGACUUCAAGCUGAUCGAGAACAUCCUGGCGAAGUCGUUGCUGAUCCACCCCCAGGAGGAUGACUAUGGCUUCGAGAUCGAGGAGAAGAACAAGGCCAUCAUGGUCAAGUCUGUUACCAGGGGCUCCAGCGCCGAGAUGGCUGGACUGCAGGUGGGUAGGAAGAUCUACUCCAUCAACGAGGACCUGGUGUUCCUCAGGCCGAUCGCAGAGGUGGAGACCAUGAUCAGUCAGGCGUUCGGGAUCCGGCGCUCUCUGCGGCUGCUGGUGGCCACCAAAGCCAAAGAGAUUGUGAAGAUACCAGAUUGUCCGGACGCCCUGUCCUUCAAAAUCUGCGGGCGAGCUCCCCCUCAUGUGCAUGCUGUGAGGAAAGGUUCAGGCGCCGUUGCCGCAGGCCUCCAGCCGGGGCAGUGUAUCCUCAAAGUCAACGGCAACAACGUCAACAAUGACAGCCACUUGGAGGUCCUGGAACACUUUACAGCACACCGCACAGGCCAAGAGCAAAGGCAGCUGGGGCUGGCCCAGUGGGUCUACCGGACGUUUGAGGAUGCGGAAGUGGAAAGGGCGUGGAGGCCCGGCAUUUCGGAGGCGGGGGCUGACAGCGAGGAAGCUGCUAAGAGCUUUGGGAAGCUGACCCUCUUGGACGAGGGGCCUUUGGUCAGCCUAACAGUGGACAACGCGCACCUGGAGCAUGGCGUGCUCUACGAGUACGUCAGCACGGCAGGCGUCAAGAGCUACGUGCUGGAGAAGAUGGUGGAGCCCAAGGGCUGCUUCAGCCUCACGGCCAAGAUUCUGGGGGCCGUCGCCGAGGACGACAGCCUCUUCGUGAAAAACUGCAGCCUGCUGAUGGCACAGAGCAGGACCAUGGUGACGAUGCCGCAGUACGAGUUCCGCGACAUCUGCAACGCCAAGCUGGAGAGCAUCUGCAGACGCAUGCAGUGCUACCAGCAGUUUUCCCAGGAACUCAAAGACAUGGCAUGGCCGACGUUCAAGAAGGCGGGCGGCCAACCCCACCAGCUGGGCGCACUGGACUUCGUCCCCACAAACUGCCAUGUCAACCUGAUGCAGGUCUCCUACCCCAAGAGCAGCACGUCAGCCGGACGCACUUUCAGCAUCCGGUUCGGCCGCAAGAACUCCUUCUUCGGGCUGGACCCCGACCAGGCCAACCUGAACCCCAUGUCCCAAACGACACACUGCAUUACCAGCAUGGCUGCCCCCUCCUUCAGCUGCCAGACUCUGGAGGAGGACGGCGACACCGAGGCGGAUGGAGGCCCCCUGGAACGCAGCCUGGACGGCCGCUCCCAGCAGGAGGGUGGCGGCCUCAGCUUCCUCCUCAAGCAGGAGGACACCGAGGCCCAGGACGCCUACAUCCAUCUUUUCAGCCGCAUGGAUGUGGCCGUGAAGGAGAUGAAGCAGUAUGUGGCCCAGAUCGACGUCCUUUUGUCCUCUAUAACUGAGCCCACCCAGCCAGAAAGCUGCGACCCCCCUGCUGUAGAAGAGGCCCCGCCCACUGCAGAAGAUACUCCACCCACGUCCCCAGUAACGGAGGAAGUCGACCUGGACAAGUCGGAGCACGGCGGCAUCAAGAAGGUCUGCUUCAAGGUGACUGAAGAGGACCAGGAAGACUCCGGCCAUGACACCAUGAGCUACAGGGACUCGUACAGCGAGUGCAACAGCAACCGGGACUCAGUACUGUCCUACACCAGCGUCCGCAGCAACAGCUCCUACCUGGGAAGCGACGAGAUGGGCUCAGGUGACGAGCUGCCCUGUGACAUGAGAAUCCCCUCCGAUAAACAGGAUAAGCUGCACGGCUGCCUGGAGCACCUCUUUAACCAGGUUGACUCCAUUAACAGCCUUUUGAAAGGUCCGGUCAUGAUCAAGGCCUGUGAAGAAACCAAGCACUUUCCCAUGGACCACAGUCAGUCCGACCGUAACACCGAGGACUGGACAGCGCGCUGUCGCUUUAUGAUCCAUAAGAACAUCCAGGAAGACCCGUGGAACCUGCCCAGUUCCAUCAAAACCCUGGUGGAGAGCUUACAGCGGCUUGUAGAAGAUGGGAAGAAUCAGCUGCUCCUUGCCCUGUUGAAAUGCACAGACACGGACCUGCAGCUCCGGCGAGACGUGAUCUUCUGCCAGAGCGUGGUGGGGGCGCUCUGCACCCUCACUGAGCAGCUCCUGGCCGCCCUCAACUUCCGCUACAACAACAAUGGCGAGUAUGAGGAGGAGAGCAAGGAGGUCAGCAGGAAGUGGCUGGAGCAGGUCUCCACCAUUGGCGUGCUCCUCAACUUCCAGUCCACGCUGUCGCCUUACGUGAAGGAGGAGCGGAUCAUGCUAGAAGACACCAAGGCAGCUUUGACAGAGCUGGAUAAAGUCACCGUCUACUUCCGGCAGCUUGAGGACGAAUGUCUGGUUGCGAACACGUCGGUGUACUACCACGUGGAGGGCAGCAGACAGGCCCUCAGGGUCACCCUGUACCUCGACAGCUGCCACUUCAGCGAGCUGCCCACCCGCCUGCAGAACGGCGGCAGCCUCAAGCUGCACACGGUGCUUUUCACAGAAUCAUUAGAGAGGCCGGAGGGUCUGGCGAUACAGGACUGCGUCUCUGUGCAGGAGUUUCAGCUGCAAAUCAAUGCCAUCUCUCUGGAGAAGGUCAAACUGUACUAUCGCAGGCUCAGAGCUUUCUACCUGGAAAAGUCCAACCUGCCCACAGACGCCAACGGCACAGCAGUGAAAAUAGAUCAGCUCCUGCGGCCCCUCAAUGCCCUGGACAACCUCUGUCGUCUGAUGCAGACCUACGUCAACUUCAAGCCCAGUGCGUCGGGCAGCAGUGGCAGCCACCCUUCUGGGGUCAGCAUACUGCCAGUGUCCUCGGAGUUCUGCAACCGGCUCGGAGCCUGUCACAUCACCAUGUGUGCCACGGGCAUGCAGAGGUGUACCCUGAGCGUGUCCCUGGAGCAGGCCGUCCUCCUGGCCCGCAACCACGGCCUGCAGCCACGCUGCCUCAUGCAAACCAUUGACAUCAUGCGCAAACAGGGCACCCGAGUGGAAAUAUCAGCCAAAAAUCUCAAAGUGAUGGAUCAGAUGCCUUCAGCUGCACCAAGGUUGUACAGAUUGUGUUUGCCCCCCUCUGAUGGGGAUCUGUAAAAACCACCUUUGCUUCAAUUACCCGCCUUUCCUCAUGUCUGUCACUGGGGUGCAGCAGAAACUGGACCCUUUGGAGAGGGGCGACCGGGGGG